AUGUAUGCAGCGAAAUUAUAUUAUACACCUAUGGAGCUAGAACAAAAAGAAUUUGAGCUAAAAAAUGUUGAUGUACCAUCUUAUGAGGAAGACAUAUUAACAAAAAGUUUAUCUGAGCGUGAAGCAUUUGAAGAUAAGUAUUAUGAUAUAAUUUCUCUUGUUAAAUCUUAUUUAAACAGCUAUAAUCCCUCUCAAGAGUUAAAUCAAGCUAUUAGCAAUGCACCUUUGGUUCAGGAUACACAAUUUAAUAUCAAGCUUCCUAAUUUAAAUUUACCAAUAUUUACAGGAAAAUACAAUGAAUGGGUUAGUUUUAAUGACACAUUUAAAUCUUUAAUUGACUCUAAUCCUGCCUUAACAACAAUUCAAAAAUUUUACUACUUAAAAUCUUGUUUGAAACAUGAGGCAUCAGACAUCAUAGAGUCUUUAGAAGUUACGAUUUUAAAUUAUCCUAUAGCUUGGCAAAUUUUACGUGACAGGUUUGAAAACAAGAAAAUUAUCAUAAAUAAUCACAUUAAACAAAUUGUUGACUUACCCCCUAUACGCAAUGGAUCUCAUUUCGAGUUAAGAAAUCUUUCGGAUACAGUUAAUAAAAACAUACGUUGUUUAAAGGCUUUGGGACAAGGUGUGGAUCAUUGGGAUUCGUUGUUGAUAUAUAUUGUAAGUCAGAAAUUCGAUUCACACACUAAAACAGAAUGGGAACAAUACCAAGCUCAAGACACUCUUCCAACAUAUGAAAACUUAAUGGCCUUUUUGAAAAAUCGCUGCAGUAUCUUAGAAUCUUUGAGCAUAACUACUCCAGAUAGAGAUCCGCACUCUAUAACUAAAAUAGCUAAAAGGGUUCAGAAACCAAUUAAAAAUACAGCUCAAAGCAAUUCUUACUUUUCAUCCACCAACUUCAAAUGUAUCUUUUGUCAGAAUUCCCAUAAUAUUUAUAAUUGCCCUGAUUAUUUAAAACUCUCAAUUCAGGAGAGAAUAAAUGAGGCUUAUAAACAUAAGUUUUGUUUAAAUUGCUUACGAACUAACCAUUUAGUUAAAGAUUGUCGAUCUACAGGUUGUAGAAAAUGCAAUCGCAAACAUCAUACAUUGCUUCAUAUUGAAAGACUCGACAAGAUUUCAUCCUCUGAACCUCCUAUAAAUUCUUCAAAUCCUAGCACGUCUGAGGUUAGUAAUCUUGAAACAUCAUCUGCAUUAUCCUCAUAUCAGACAUCUAAAAACACCAACUUAAAACAAGUUCUUCUAGCUACUGCUUUGGUUGAGGUUCCUGACGUGAACGGUGUUUUUCAUACCUGUAGAGUCCUGUUAGACUCUGGUUCCCAAUCAAAUUUCGUGACUGAACAACUUUGUCAUAAAUUAGGGGUACCUUUAUAUGAAUCAAAAACCAUGAUAAUGGGCUUAAGCAGUCAGGCAUCCUCCAUAAAGUUUAAAACUAAUAUAACUAUUCGAUCCAUCCAUAAUAGUUUUAAAACUAAUUUAUCUUGUUUAGUUUUGAAAUCUAUAACUGAACCCUUGCCCAUGGUUUCUUUUGAUUACUCUCAUCUUAAUAUCCCUAGUCACAUCAGAUUGGCAGAUCCUAGUUUUAAUAAAGUUGGAAAUAUCGACAUCUUGCUUGGAGCUACCAUUUUUUGGAAUCUGUUGUGCAUUGGACAAUUAUCGUUAGGUUUAAAUUGUCCAUCACUGCAGAAAACUCAUUUGGGUUGGGUAAUAACUGGAAAUUGUAAUAUUAUCCCUAAGAACUACCUCCAAAAAAAUGUUUCCAAAACAUUAAGCUAUUUUAAUCUGGAAUCCUCGCGUUUGGAAAAACAGGUAGCAAGAUUCUGGGAGCAAGAGGAGAUCGCUUCUUGCGAUAGAUUUACGCCUGAAGAACAGCUGGUUGAAACUCAUUUUCAAAGCACUACAACCAGAGAUUCAAGUGGCAAGUUUAUUGUUAAAAUACCUUUUCGAGAAAAUCUCUCUAAUCUUGGCGAUUCUAGUACUACGGCAUUAAAAAGAUUUAAUAGCGUGGAAAGAAAACUUGUUAGAAAUUCUGAACUUGCGGUAGAUUAUAAAAAAUUUAUACUGGAAUAUGAAAAUCUUGGCCACAUGCAAAAAAUAUCUUCAGACAUAAAUAAUGAAGCAAAUUCAUUCUAUCUUCCGCACCAUUGUGUUAUCAAAACAUCAAGUGCCACAACUAAACUGCGUGUUGUAUUUGAUGGAUCAAGUAAAAGUGAUUCUGGACUCUCGCUAAAUGAUGUUCAAUACACAGGUCCAAAUAUACAGGAUGAUCUUUUUUCUAUCAUCUUAAGAUUCAGACAGCACACUUAUGUGAUUGCUGCAGAUAUUGAAAAAAUGUAUAGGCAGAUUUUAUUGCACCAGGAUGACAAAAAAUAUCAUAGAAUCUUUUGGAGAAAUGACCCAAGUGAUGAGAUAUCUUGUUUUGAACUAAAUACCGUAACUUACGGCACUGGGUCGGCCUCAUAUUUAGCGACAAGGUGCCUGAAGCAAUUGUCCAUUGACUAUCAAGCUACAAAUCCUUUAGCUAGUAAUGCUAUUGAACACGAUUUUUAUGUUGACGACUUGCUAACCGGACACGACUCUCUUUCCACUCUUCAAUCGCUUAAAGACGAUAUAACUUCAAUCCUAAAUGAUUUAGAAAAUAAUCAUGACAUAUUUCUUGACAAAGAAUCUACGAAUAACAAAACUUUAGGCAUUGUUUGGGAUUCUAAUUCAGAUAUUCUUAAAUAUUCUAUCCAACACUUAGAUAACAACUUAACUGUAACCAAACGUUCGAUACUAUCAAUUACGUCCCAAAUUUUUGAUCCUCUUGGCCUACUAUCUCCUGUAGUAAUCAAAGCCAAAAUCCUCCUUCAGAUUUUAUGGCAAUCGGCUAUCUCUUGGGAUGAAUCGUUGCCAUCCGAUUUACAUACCUUAUGGUUACAUUUUAUUAACGAUCUUCAUGAAUUAAACUUGCUAAGAAUACCUCGUCAUGUUAUUUUACCUAAUUACGAUUUUAUUGAGAUACAUGGUUUUGCCGACGCGUCCGAAAGAGCUUAUGGUGCUUGUAUUUAUGUCCGCUCAGUAAAGUCUGAUCAGAUACAAGUAAGACUCCUUUGCGCAAAAUCUCGUGUUGCUCCAAUAAAAUUCUUAUCUCUACCUCGUUUAGAGUUAAGCGCAGCUCUUUUGUUAGCGCAAUUACUGCACAAAACAACCGAAGCCUUAACUCUUACUCCUUCUAAUAUAUUUUUAUAUUCUGAUUCAACUAUAACUCUUGCAUGGAUAAGAUCCGUUCCACAACGAUGGAAAACUUAUGUUUCCAACAGGGUAGCUGAAAUACAAUCAUUAUCUAAUGUCUCUACUUGGCACUAUGUUAAAUCUUCUGAUAAUCCCGCAGAUUUAAUAUCCCGUGGAGUGACUCCAAAACUUAUCUUAGAUUCUAGCUUAUGGUGGUGUGGACCUCCAUGGUUAAUGCAAAAGGACAUUUCUCAUUUUAUUGAUAGUUCAGAACCUACCCUCAACACAGAAAUACCCGAAAUUCGUAAACAAACAAUCACGCUGCACUCAAAACAUGAAAAUAAUUUUGAAUAUUUCUUAAAAUUCUCUAGCUUAACAAAGCUACAAAGGAUUGUGGCAUUCUGUUUUAGAUUUGUUACUAAUUCUAAAGCUUCAAUAGAUAGAAGAAAUUUUUCUAACUUAAGUCCUGAUGAAUUAAAAUAUGCCUUGCAUAGAUUAAUUAAGAUAUCUCAGAGUGAAUCUUUCUCAAAAGAAAUGCAAUGUUUAAAUAAGAAUAUCGGUCUAGAUAAAAAUAGUAAAAUUCUUUCUUUAAAACCCUUUAUUGACAAUAAUGGUCUAUUGCGUGUAGGAGGUAGACUUGAAAAUUCUAAUUUACCCCUAAAUAGAAUUCAUCAGAUUAUCUUACCAAAAGGUCAUCAUUUAACGAAAUUAAUUGCCAGAAAUGAACAUGUAAGGUUAAUGCACUGUGGACAACAGCAUCUUUUAUCCUCCUUACGAGAACAAUAUUGGCCAAUAGAUGGCAGAAAUUUAGUAAAACAAGUAGUCCAUAACUGUGUCACCUGUUUUAAGGUUAAACCAAAGGUUUAUCCUUAUGUUAUGGCCUCAUUGCCAAAGGAACGACUAAUAGCUUCUUUUCCGUUUGAGAAUACAGGUGUGGAUUAUGCUGGCCCUUUUACAACUCGAGAUAGAAAAACGCGACCAUAUAAAGAAAUUAAGAGUUAUGCAGCAAUUUUUGUAUGUCUCUUAACUAAGGCUAUACAUAUCGAAUUAGUGUCUAGUUUAACCACUGAAGCUUUCAUAAAUGCUCUUAAUAGAUUCAUUGCUAGAAGAGGUAAACCCUCUGUAAUUCUCUCAGAUAAUGGUACCAAUUUCGUAGGUGCAUACUCUGAUCUUAAGACACUCUUUAAAGAACAUAGCAACACCAUAAUAGACAAAGGCAUCAAAUUUAGGAAUACAAUGGAAAUUUAUUCCACCUGCUUCACCUCAUUUCGGUGGCAUCUGGGAGGCUGGCGUUAA